AUGGGAAAUUGCUUCAAUGGCUACCAGGUCAGUAUCGAUAUCUCCAAAUCAAAGACGCCUCUGAAAGAAGCACCUGAAGAUAAGGCGCUCCCUCAUUGCUGGAAGGGCUCGAGGCCCUUCAAGUCCGUCCUUGAUCUCAGGAAGUACUUUCGCCCCUUAACUCUUAGCUUCGGAAAUGGGAAAGCUCCGGCUCUAAUGGAGAUCCCCCCGGAGAACUAUUUCAUCGUCACUAGACAAGGCAAUGCUUGCUUGGGUGUCCUUAAUGGCGACGAAGUUGGCCUGGUCGGCUUGAAUGUUAUUGGAGGUAAGAUUUAAACAAAGAGUUCUACUGAACUACCAAACAAAGUAGG